AUGGGCAUUCACCUAAAGAUAGAGCCAGAAAGUGAACACAAUAUGAUGAAUCCUCUCAAUAAGAUUAAAAAAUCGACAUUCGAACUAACUCCGGGUCUCAGCCAACCCCUCCCAACCACUCUUCAAAAAACUGUUGCUGCUAAGGGAGAUGUUCCCGAGCCAAACAAUAUCUUGGAUGAUUCUCCUCCAAAGUUUGUGAAUGUUGCAGAUGUGUCUUCUCUAGUUGCCAAUGAUGAAAAUCCUUCCUCCUCCAAAGCUUGUUUUCAUUUUGGACUCUCUUCGUCCUUAGAAGCAUCUGAUGAAAAUAAUGAUCUCGAGCUAAAUGAUGUCCCACCUCCUCCUCCAAAAAAUUCAUUAGAAGGUCAUCAAUACACUCCUUCUCAAGAAGCUCCACAAGAUGACCACAAGAGCAUAGAUGGUGAUGAUCAGAAGUCUGAAAGUUCCACUUCGGACACCAGAUCCUCCAAUGAGAAUAUUACGGAUCCAUUUGCCAUAUUAGAACUCCGAGAUAACAUUGUUGAAGCUAAUUCCUAG